CCAGAGAGCGCGCUGCGCGGGCAGAGUCUAGGCAGGGGGAUCCAACAACCAGCCCUGGAGAAAAAAUAACACACAGCAGCGAACGUCUGUUUCAAGAUUAUUUUAUUGCAGUGAGGUAGGCCAGGCCAGUGUGUGUAUCCAUGAAUGUACGUCACCAUGAUGAUGACCGACCAGCUGAUGGACUUAGCUCCGCCUCCGCUGCUGAACGGGGAGCUGCCGCUGAUGCAACACAUGGUUAAUGGAGACGCAGCGCAACAGGUGAUCCUGGUACAGGUGAAUCCAGGGGAGACCUUCACCAUCAGAGCGGAGGACGGCUCGCUGCAAUGCAUCCAGGGUCCUGCUGAGGUCCCAAUGAUGUCCCCCAAUGGAUCAAUCCCCCCCAUCCACGUCCCCCCAGGAUACAUCUCCCAGGUGAUAGAAGACAACACAGGAGUGCGUCGGGUGGUCGUCACCCCGCAGUCUCCUGAAUGUUAUCCCCCCUCGUACUCCCCCGCUCUCUCCCCCACGCACCACCUCCCGCCGUACCUCACCCACCCCCACUUUAUCCCCAACUCUCACUUUCUACCCCCUGUGAGUCCCGGAGACAUGCCCCCCCAGUACUACCAACACCACCUCCCGCCCAUAUAUGGAGAAGAGAUAAUCCCAGUGUAUGGCAUGUCCAGCUACGUUGGCAGAGAGGAGAGCUACAACAAGCCCCAGCCGAAGAAGAUGAAGGAGCAGAGACAGCUGGAGCGACAGAACAGACUCAACUCUCCUCCCUCCACCCUGUACAAGUCUCUGGGCUCCAGCCACAAUGGAUACAGCGGGAAGAGCCACGUCCCUUCGCCAGGGUCGUUGGGGUCAAUGGGCGGAGCUAACAGUCCAGGAGGGAAGAAGCCGGAACGACGACAACUACGCAGCAGCCCAAGGAGCAACGAGCCAGACACACACACACAAUCACCGCAAGAUCACGACUCGGAGGCAAAGAGAGUUCAGGAAGUGCUCUCCGCCAUCGACAAACCACAGGUGUCCAACGUGCACGCGCGGGGUGCGAGGUUGUCCUGGGCUCCCCCGGUCGGGCUGGUGAACCGGUUCAGCAACAGCCAGUCUCUCACCUACGAGGUCUCUCUGUCCGACAAGGGACGGGAUGGCAAAUACAGACUUAUAUACAGUGGAGAGGAGUUGGAGUGCCAUCUAAAAGACCUGAGGCCAGCUUCAGACUACCACGUACGAGUCAGCGCGUUGUGUAACUCUAACUUGAGGGGUGUGUGUUCGGAGACGGGGUCGUUCACAACACACACCUGCCCCCCCGACCUGCCCUUCCCCCCCAAACUAUCUCACCGCACCAAGAGCACCCUCACACUGCAGUGGAAGCCUCCAGUUGACAACGGAUCCAAAAUCACAAACUACCUUCUGGAGUGGGACGAGGGAAAGAAGAACAGUGUAUUUAGAGAAUGUUACUUUGGGAGCCAGAGACACUGUAAACUGACCAGACUGUGUCCUGCUGUGGGCUACACCUUCAGAGUGGCUGCUCACAACGACAUAGGCACCAGUGGUUUCAGUACGGAGGUUGUGUUCUACACUACAGGUACGCUGCCCUCCUGCCCCCUGGCACCGCGGCUGCUGCGGGCGGGCGUCUCCUGGGUCACGCUGGAGUGGGGCCGUCCCGAGGGAAGCUCCAAUGAGGAACUAAUCACAUACACACUCGAGAUCCAGGAGGACAAUACCGGAACAGACUUUCAUCCGCAGUACACUGGAGACAACCUAACCUCCACAGUGCAAGGCCUGAAGAGGAGCACACAGUACAAAUUCAGGGUAAGAGUGUGUCUGUCUCUGAGGUUUUAUUGUGGCGAAAUGGUGUCUGGCUGUGUGUUACCGUGGAAACUGGAAAGGCUUGUAUUCUGCAAGAAAGACACAGUGAUUGUUGUCGUCAUGUGCACACGCACUACACAAUCGGGCCAGUGGGAGGUAGUGUACAGCGGCCCCGCUACAGAGUGUGUGUGUGAAGAACUGACGCCCGGCACAGUUUACCGCCUGCGAGUGUGUAGCAUCAGCACCGGUGGACACAGCCAGUGUUCUUUCAGCGUUCCGGUUCGGACGUUGAGCGUCGUCCCCGGACCCUGCCAACCGCCCAGGAUCGUGGGUAAAGCCAAACACAAGGAAGUACAGUUAGAAUGGGACGGCCUGACAUCAGAAGGUGUGUGUGAGGAGUGUAUGUUCAGUCUGGAGAUGACAUCAUCAGAGGGCGACGCUGAGCCCAGUGAGGUGUACAAUGGGACAGAGCUGCAGUGCAGUGUAGGUAGCCUGCUGCCGGGGGCAACCUACAACUUCAGACUGAGGGCUGCCAACGAGGCUGGGUUCGGAGAGUACUCUGAGGCGGUGGAGGUGACGACAGCAGCGGGUCCUCCAGGCCAGUGUGUGGCGCCACUCAUCACUCUGAACAACACCACCUGUCUAACAGUCAGCUGGGAGAGUCCUGAAGGAUCAGGCUCUGACAUAGCAGAGUAUCGCCUGGAUUGGUCCAGGGAGGAGGAGCCUAUGGAGCUGAUCUACUGUGGACCAGAGACCCAGUGUGAAGUAUCAGACCUGACCCCCGCAACACACUACUGCUGUAGACUACAGGCGGUGAACCAAGCGGGGGCGGGGCCUUACAGUGAACAGAUGACCUUCCAGACUCCAGCGACUAAUCCCGACGCAGUCUCUUCUUUCUUCCUGCUUGACCAGCUCCAAUCAGAUCAGUCCCCCUCCACCUGCCUCUUCCUGAAGUGGGAGGAGCCUAACUGUAAUGGGGCGGAUAUAACGUCUUACAUCAUCAGUCUGGACGAUCAACUCAUUACCGUGGAUACAGGAACCAGUCACCUGAUCACAGACCUUCAGCCAGACAGACAGUACAGUGUGCAGAUCCAAGCGGUGAAUGUGAUUGGCUGUGGCCCGUUGAGCCCACCCCUGGUGGCUAGGACACGCCCCCUCCCUCCGGCUCCUCCUCCUUUGGAAUGUUCGGCUGCCGGCCCCCAGAGCCUGAAACUGAAGUGGGGGGAGAACGCUGCACACACACACACCCGCGCCCUGCUCUCCAAUGACAUGUUCUACACACUACAGAUGGAAGAUAAGAACCACAGGUUUGUGUGUAUCUACAGAGGUCCCAGUCAUACUUACAAGGUGCAGCGCCUGACAGAGUCCACCAGUUACCGGUUCAGGAUCCAGGCAUGUAGUGAUGCAGGGGAGGGACCCUUCUCGGACACGCAUACCUUCUCUACCACCAAGACUGUACCCUCUGCACUCAAAGCUCCCAGAGUGCACCAGCUGGAAGGGAAUGUGUGUGAGGUCACCUGGGAGGCCAUUCCACCAAUGAGAGGCGACCGUGUCAACUACAUCCUUCAGGUGCUGGUUGGACGAGAGUCAGAGUACAAACAGGUGUUUAAGGGAGAAGAGAGUGCCUUCCAAAUCACCGGACUCCAAGGCAACACCGACUACCGUUUCCGUGUAUGCGCCUGCCGCCGUUGCCAGGAUACCAACCAUGAACUCUGUGGCCCUCUUAGUCCCUCCUCCCUGUUCACCUUGCGUCGCCAGGAGCAACAGUGCCUGGGGGAGACCAGCGCCGUGGAGACGGUGAAAGGGGCGGGGAUAAUAUCCAGCGAUGAGCGCUUUGCGGCGGUCGUGGUGUGUGUGUUCGCCGGUGUCUCCAUCCUCAUGGCCUGUCUGCUACAAUACUUCUUCAUGAAGUGAGGGAAUGAAUCGGCAACAGGAUAGAAAAGAGAAAACAAAGCGAUAGCGAAAGAAAACGAGCAUCUGCGAAAGAAAGGAAAGAAAACAAACACUUAAGAAUCAAGUGCAGGAUAGAAAGAGGAAUAAACGAGAGAGGAAACCGACUUCAAACGAAACAGAAUUUGAGCUGUACUUCAGUUAUUCUACCGUGCCGUUGUCCACAUAUCUCUUUCCUCUUCUCUCUUCUCUCUCCUCUCUCGCUCGCUCUCUCUGUUUCUCUUGUCAUUGUUAGUUUGGUCUCUCUAUCUUAUGUAAUGGAUGUAUUUGGAGGGAAGCUGUUCGUGGCCAGAACAAACAAACUGAUAACCAAGCAUUAGCCAGCCAGGAGCCCAGUAAGCUCCUCAAUGACCCGCAUGACAUUAUUUUGUAUCUUUUUAAACCUAAUAGACAAAGUGUAUUUUUCUUUAUAUUUCUUUACAGUCAAUUCCUUACUUUACUGUGUCUGUGUCCUAUUUGCGCUGUUCGCUGCAGUCUUUCGUAGUUUUUUUCCAUUACGCCAUUUUGAAAUGUAGUUCUAAAGCUUUAGCCAUGUAUCCAUCAAUAUCUGGUACCUUGUCUAUUAUAGGCCAAAUCAUGCAAUCUUUACGCACAGAUGCACAGACACAUAGACACAGACACACAGAAACAUACACACACAGGCACACAUGCACAGCGAGACAAACACAUGCGCACACACACACACAUGCACACACACACACAUGCACAGAGAGACAGAAACACUCACUCAGAUGCCUUCUCUUCUGUCUUCUUUAUUCAGCUACCAAAGCGAUGCCAUUGUUAAAAAAUGCUGCUAUCCUGUUUCGUUAUAUCUAAGAAAGAAUGGAUUUAGUUACCUAAUAUAUACAAUCUAUAUCAAAUAUAUCUAUGAUAGAUCUACCUAUCUAUAUCUGUAGGGGCGAUGCUAUGAUGUAAUAUAAGAAUUGUAGAGGUCUGGAUGACAGAGAGAAAGAGGAGGGAUCCAGGUAGGUGUUGCCUUUUAACCACAGAUCUAGGACCAGCUUUCUCUCCCCUGAAGCUAACCUAAACCAUUAAGAGUGGGAAAUGCAAAGCUGACUUUAGAUCAGUUUAGGGCAAAGGUGUAAAACCAGGCUCCUGGAUGGCCACACACCUGGCCAUAUCUGGCCAAUCAGCAACACCAGUUGAUCAAUUUAGUUUGAGGUUGAUAAAAACAUGAUGACACUUUGACCUGUGAGAACUGGACCUGACACCCCUGGUCUAGGGAUAACCUGGUAUAUUCCACUGGGAGUGGUUUAGUGAAUUAUAAUAUGUAUUCUAGGUGCUCACCUGCAGAUCUGAGGUCAGUUCAGUAGCCAGUCCCCGCUGUCGAAUGUAGAGGUUACUGAAGUAACCUUUUAUCCGCCCCCUGCCCCCACUCAACCCUCAAACCUAUUCAUACCCUUCUUUUUUCUCUGCCCCCUCUCUCUUUUUCUAUCCCUCUGCCAUUCUCAGUACGUCUCCCUCCCCUCCUCAUUCCUAACCUCCCUCUCCCUCCGUCUCUCUAAUUAAUGCUGUUAUCAUCCCACUCUCUCUC